AUGCUAGCAGGGCGUGCGCGCACUCUGGUCCCGCGGGAGGAAUGUGAAGUCUUUGCAGCUAUGGGCAAGGAACUAGACUUCUGGUGCAAAAAGCCCAAUUCAGAGGAACAUCCCUGGAAAGCAACCAAUGAACAUGAAAGCAUAAGUCCCGUCCCCGGAGAUGACGUAACUGUUCCGUCUAAGAACUUUUUUCUCGAUUCAGAUGAGGAAACCGAGUCUCGUCUGCUUGGGCAGAGCCAGGGUUUGAAAUCCAGGUCUUCGGAUUCUGAGGCUAACCCCCCUGUCUCUAAAAGCCAGGCUCGGCCCAUCUGGUCGAGCAAAGGCACGAAAGACGAUGUCCAAGAAAAUGCACUCAAUGAAGAGCAGCUGGGUGGCCCCGUAGACCGAGAGCCAGACCUGCACCUUGAACUAGAGUAUAAUCAUAUGUCCGAAGAUCCAUCACAAGUGUGUCCAUCAUCAGGUUCCCAAUUAGUGUCCAAUGCAGGUGUGUGGGGAGAUUACCUUUGUGAUGCUCCCUGGAUGCUCAUCAACUCGUCCAUUUUUGCCAUGAAGGCCAUCUUGCCUAAGCCGGACUUCAUUCUCUUGACUGGUGACUUCACAGCUCAAAUCCUUAAUGAAGAAUGGACAGAAGAAGCCGUGUUGAUCAUAGUGAAACGCUUGACGGACCUCCUUCUAUUAGUAUUCCCAGAAACUACAGUCUACGCUACUUUGGGAAACGAUGAUUUCCACCCCAAAGACCAACUUCCAGCAAAAAGCAAUGUUAUUUAUAGUUACAUAGCAGAUUUGUGGAGGCCAUGGCUUGAUUACAAAUCAAUCUCUCAGUUCAAAAAAGGUGCCUUCUAUCAUCAGAACUUGCCUGGUAAAAAGUCAGCUGGGCAAGUCCUGGCGCUCAACACCAAUCUGUACUAUGAAAAAAAUGGAGCUGAAAGCCGCAUGCAUGACCCAGGGAAACAGUUUAAGUGGAUGGAUACUGUGCUGAGUGAAGCAUUCCAAGAUGGAAAAAAGGUGUUUAUCAUUGGGCACAUGCCUCCUGGCUUCUUUGAGAAGACCCAAAAUAAAGCCUGGUUCCGGCCCAACUUCAAUAAACGCUACAUGGAAAUCAUCAAGAAACACCAUCAUGUGAUUGCGGGGCAGUUUUUUGGUCAUCACCACACUGACAGCUUCCGGAUGUUUUAUGAUGACACAGAUAAACCUGUCAGUGUCAUGUUUCUGACUCCUGGAAUGACGCCCAGGAAAAGAACCAUUCCCGAAAUAGAAAAUGGAGCCAAUAAUCCUGGGAUCCGAGUCUGGGACUAUGAUCGAGACACUCUACAACUUCAGUGGAUCCUGGUCUUUGGGGAAAUUGAGACUUGCAAACUCAUCCCUGCAAGCUCCUCUUGUGUUUCCUGUACCAUCGUCAACCUAACUGGCAAGGGCCUUAAGGUGUCACCUAGUGCCUCCCAGGUGUCAUCUGACAGAAGAGGAAACCGAGAUGUUGCCAGGUGGUGCCGGGACUUGCCUGUGCAGGUAGCCCAAGUGCAGAAAGUGUAG